GAAAAGCAGUUAUGCACAGGGGUCGGAAUUGCGGGUCAGAUUCUUAACAUAAGUCAAAGUGAAUCGAAACUAGACUUCAGACUUGUGCGAAAUUGCUUUGAUUUCUUUGUAAUCUCAUAUAUACUUCAUGUUUGGCUGUGUCUGAAGAAUCGCUGGACAGUUGUUACCUUUCAUCCGAAUACGCACGUGAUAUUUUACGACUGUAUACGACUUUAUCCGAACUUUUUUCGACUCCAUCCGAUCGCCGUGAUGUCAGAGAAGAACCAAAUAAACAUGAUGAAUGGAAAUGUAGCACAUGAGGGUGAUCAACCAGUAAAGAAGGGAGGCGAUGAGAAUGCGGAGCGAGGAAACUGGGGUGGCCAGAUUGAGUUUAUCCUGACGUGUGUUGGUUAUGCUGUUGGCCUCGGAAAUGUCUGGAGGUUCCCUUAUUUGUGUUAUCAAAAUGGAGGUGGUGCCUUUCUCAUUCCAUACGUCAUCAUGUUACUAGUCGUCGGCCUGCCGUUGUUCUACAUGGAGCUCGCUUUCGGACAGUUUGCAAGUUUAGGUCCCAUCACCAUUUGGCGGAUAAACCCCCUCUUUAAGGGUUUAGGAUGGGCAACAGUCAUUGUGUCCUACGUCAUCAGUUUGUACUAUAACGUGAUCGUGGCGUACUGUUUAUACUAUUUGGUCGCGUCCAUGACAACGUCGUUACCAUGGGAAUAUUGUCGUGAGGAAUGGAGCACAUUUAGAUGCAGGGACAGCCGUAACUACUCGGACCCUGCCCUGAAUCUGACUGCCCCAGUUAUGCCUUCAAACAUCACCGACAACUACACAACAACUCCAAGCGAGGAAUAUUUUUAUCGUGAGGUCCUCGGGAUGACGGAUGAUAUCGGAGACGCGGGUGUCCUUAGCUGGAAGUUAGCCUUGAGUCUGUUUGUCGCUUGGCUCAUUGUUUUCAUCGUCCUAAUCAAGGGAAUAAAAUCGCUUGGAAAGGUCGUGUAUUUUACGGCUAUCUUCCCCUACUGCUUGUUGACCGCCUUGUUAGUUCGUGGAGCGACACUAGACGGCGCUUUAGAUGGCAUUCUUUUCUACAUCACGCCACAGUGGGACAAACUGCUUGAUGCCAAGGUUUGGAGUGACGCACUGGUUCAAAUAUUUUACUCGCUUAGCGCAUGCUCAGGGGGACUGGUUGCCAUGUCCAGUUAUAACAAAUUCCAUAAUAAUGUUCAGAGGGACUCCCUCAUCGUUCCAUUUAUUAACUGCGCGACCAGUAUAUUUGCUGGUUUCGUCAUCUUUUCCGUUCUUGGGUUUAUGUCGUUUGAAAAAGGAGUUUCGGUCGCCGACGUAGCAGCAAGUGGUCCUGGUUUAGCUUUUAUUGUCUACCCUGAAGGAAUCUCAAAGAUGCCCAUCGCUCCCAUGUGGGCUAUUCUCUUCUUUAUCAUGAUGGCCAUGUUAGGGUUCAGUUCACAGUUCUCAAUGAUGGAAACCGUAAUCAGCGCUAUCUCAGAUGAGUUUAAGGAUACCCUCAGGGCCACUAACAGACGAAAUAUCAUCUUCAGAGGCUGCAUGUGCCUUCUGUCUUUCGUAUUAGGACUCCCUAUGUGCUUAAAUUCCGGCAUGUACCUGCUAAACCUUGUAGAUGUCAACAUCGGCGGUUACCCCCUACUCUUCGUCGGAAUGACCGAAUGCAUCGCCAUACAAUGGAUCUAUGGUUAUAACAGAUUCGCAGAAGAUAUCAAAAUGAUGUUAGGGCACACACCAAAUGUCUUUUGGAGGAUUGUAUGGUGUGUUGUGUCACCCUUGGCAAUGUUAGCUGUGAUAGUUUUCAAGAUCUAUCAGCACGAACCCCUCAACUACAACGACACCUACAUCUACCCACAAUGGGGCCAGGUCCUCGGAUGGUUGACCGCUCUCUUUCCUAUCCUCGUCAUGUACCUCUGGCUUCUUGUCAAGUUCUGUGUCACAUAUGGAUGGGAGGCAUGCAGGGCGGCCAACGAAUCCAGUCUUAAAUGGGGUCCAGCACUUGAAAAACAUAGGACAGGACGAUAUGUUUCAAGUAACCAUCAAUGCCAGGACACCGGCAAGCAAUACGAAGAAAAGCACGGCUACGACAACUCUGCCUAUAUGAACAGUACUGAUGAUAUGACGGACACAAGGUUCUGAGCUGUGGAGUACUUUUAGGAAAAGUUAAAACUUGACUGGAUCAGUGGCAUCUCGAUUUCCAAGAUUGCACUGUCGGAUCCUAUGAUUAUAUAUAUGACUGGUGACGAGUUUGGCCAGUGGACAAAAUCUGAUUUAGUCAUGAAAACAUAUUUAGCAUACACGAAAACAUGCAUGACCAAUCGUCUUAUUUGAUCUGUGCAGUGCCAUCUAUGAGACAAUCGGGUACCAAUACAGAUGUUUCACCUCGAAAUCCUCAUCUCGUGCGUGAAAAACUGAUACAAUACAUCAGGUUUCGGGUCUUAAUUUCACCUCCAUAAUGAUCAGAGUUGUAAAAUAGUAGACUAGUUUUCAUAUGGUCUCGGCCAUUUUUUUCUCAUUUUCGUUAACCAUCUUCACUGGGAACUGACCAGUGCAGUCGUUAAUGGAUUCAAGUUGUCGUAGUUAGCUUGGUUUUGGAAUUGGUUCUUUAAAACGCUUAAUGCAAGAUUGAUAAAGAGCUGAAAACUGUUUGUUAUGGGCAUUAUUUUGUCCAACCUUGUAUAUACAGAGUGGCUCAAUAAUGUACUUGAUGUUAUCAUGUAUUCAUAAGCCAUGAAUUUUUGAUAACAUAUAAAAUAUAGGUGAUAUUUUUAUAAAGCAAGAUGUAAGUGAGGGGUUUGGGGCCUUUUUCUUGCCACUGGCCUUAUGAUGUUGCUAAUGGGGGAAUUUUGUCAGUCGUCUCAUUUAACGUCCAAUUCAUCAAAAACAUUCCACUAUGAUUUAUGAAGUAUGCCACUUUAUUGAGAGAUACGCAUCAAUUUGCACGAGAGUGACAAAAUCGUUCAAUUUUCUCGGAUAAAUUUUGUUGUCUAAGCGACACGAUCAUCUUUAACCGAUUGCUCACUAAAGGGGGGAGAACGGCGCGAGAUAUCUUGGAGAUAUCUUGGCCAGAUUAUGCUCUGCAAAACCACUCAGCAAACACUCUGCAAACACCCAGCGAUUAGAUAUCAGUACACGGCAGUGGGUUGUAUAGGUGGGGCCUCACGGUGGCGAUCUAUGGAACUGCUGGUCUCUGUCUCGGUCGCCUUUGUACUUGAUUACCGGUAAGUCUCGUUCUUCUUGAUGCAUAAUGAUAAUGAACAUGAUAUUGUAACUAUUAAUAAACGAUUAUAUUUCUGAUUUUACAAAACAAUUAAUACUAAAUCUAUCAAGUAUA